ACUAAUCCGGUGCUACGGGACCACGUCCGAGUUGGAUACGGUGUCCCGGCCACCACAUUAAUAAUAAAAAGGGUGGGGAAAAUGAAAACUUGAAAGAGGGCACGCAUGCAUUGGAGAGAGAUCGGGAGCUAAAAGGCAGUGAAGGGAUCGAAGGCGGCGUGGUGGGAUCUCGCACCAUGGACGAGCAAUUCUCUGGUAGUGCGGAAAAUUUGGUCAGGGAGGAGGCGACAAAAGGGUUGAACCCAGGCCUGGUGGUCUUGCUCGUUGUUGGCGGUCUUGUGCUGUUUUUCCUUCUUGGAAACUAUGCUCUCUACAUGUAUGCACAAAAGACCCUUCCACAAAAGAAGAAGAAGCCUGUCUCCAAAAAGAAGUUGAAGAGGGAAAAGCUUAAGCAAGGGGUCUCUGCUCCGGGAGAGUAAAAAGCAUUGCCUUCAAAAAUGAGAAAUCUUGAUGAUAGUGUUGAUGCUCAGUUUAGUUGUAUGUCUAGUUCAGAUACUUUAAAAAUUUUACCUCUCGAGGUCUGGUUAUAUGUUAAGCUCGGAAACCUUGAAAGUUUACCGUUUGAUUUGGCAUUAACUAUGCUUAGUUGGAAAUCAAUGUAGAUUGGAGUUGCUAAAAAAUUCAGCUAGUGCUUGCUUUAAUGCUAUUACUAUGUGCUUGAGGGAA